AUGUUUGUAAAAUUUGUAGCUACACUCUUGGCUGUCUUCUUAACCGUGGCAAAUGCUGGACUUGUCGGAGCACCGAUAAAUGCAGACAUAAACAGCCCAGAAGUCCAAAAUGCCCUGUCGUUUGCAGUCGCUCAGUAUAAUUCAGAGAGUGACAGCAUUUACAUCCAAAAAGUUGUUAAAGUGAAUAAGGCCCAGGUGCAGGUUGUUUCUGGUGUGAAAUACAUCUUCACUGUCGAGAUGGCUAAUACUUCCUGCAAGAAAGAGAAACCUGAAGAAACGUGUGCCAUCAAUUCAGACCCAGACUUGGCAAAGUCUCAUGAAUGCAAACUUACAGUGUGGAGUCAGCCUUGGAUGAUGGACAGCAUGAAGCUUAUUGAGAAUACCUGCUAAGAGAAAUCACAUCCUAUUCUGUGGUCCUAUGGCAAGAGAUUCAUUAACAAUUCUGCCUUAUUCAUCAACCUGUAUUUGGUGAUGCUAAUAAAAGAUUGAGUUGUGAAAUUA